AUGGCAGAGGCACCCCAUCCCCCAGGCGGCCUAACACCCACCCAGCUCGCCGCCUUCAACCGCGACGGCUACCUCAUCAUCCCCGACGCCCUCACCCCAACCACCGUACAAUCCCUCCUCGACGAGACCCAAUCCCUCCUCGCGGGCCUCGACCUCACCUCUCACCCCAUGACGACCUUCUCCACGGGCGGCGAGGACGGAGAAGGCGACCACGUGGGCGACGACUACUUCCUCACCUCGGGCGACAAGAUCCGCUUCUUCUUUGAGGAGGACGCUUUCGACCGGGCCACCGGCAAGUUGACCAAGCCCAAGGAGCGCGCCAUCAACAAGAUCGGCCACUACCUGCACGCCCUGUCGCCGCCCUUUGCGCGUCUGCUCCAGGUGGACGACGACACUGCAGCGGCGGGACCCUCGUCUCAUCAUCACCAAAACCACCACCCUGCCGCCAUCGCCCGCUCCCUCGGCUUCACUGACCCCCGCUGCCUCCAGAGCAUGAUCAUCUGCAAGCAGCCCGAGAUAGGCGGCGCUGUACCUCCCCACCAGGACAGCACGUUCUUAUACACGGAGCCCCCGAGUGCCGUCGGCUUCUGGUACGCCCUCGAGGAUGCCACCCUCGAGAAUGGUUGCCUGAGCUUUGCGCCUGGCUCGCACAAGUGGGCACCUGUUUCCAAGCGUCUUGUGCGCAAGGCCGGCAAUGUAGGCACCGAGAUGGUGACCAACGAGGGCUCCCAAUUCCCGUCUGGCAACGAGUACGGCAAGGACAACACCAGGCGCGGCGAGGAGGAGUACGUGCCCGGCGAGGUCAAGGCCGGGUCGCUUGUCCUCAUCCACGGCAACCUGCUCCACAAGAGCGAGAAGAACCUGAGCCAGAAGGGGCGUAUCAUCUAUACCUUUCACGUUAUCGAGGGCGGCCAAGGGAGGGCGUAUGACGAGAGGAACUGGCUACAGCCGCCGGCGGAGGGAUUCACGAGGUUGUACUCAUCAUGAUAGGCAAACAAGGCAGGUGGACAU